AUUGGAGGGAGAGCCACGCAGCGUAUCCAGGCUGUGGGCUCCACCGUUUGCUCGUCACACAUAAAUACUUGUCUGCCAGGGGUUACAAGGACGAACGGGGAAAUAUAGCUAAAACACUGGACUGGUGCAUUCUUUUACCUGCCUCGACAACAAAUUUAGAGAAUGCCUGGAUCAGCCUCAACUAGCUGUUUGGGACCAUGGCCCAAAGAUGUUGGUAUCAUUGCCAUGGAGUUGUACAUCCCUUCACAAUAUGUAGACCAGACUGAACUUGAGCAGUAUGAUGGAGUUUCAGCUGGAAAAUACACAGUGGGCCUGGGCCAAGCUGGCAUGGGUUUCUGCUCCGAUCGAGAGGACAUCAACUCUCUGUGCUUGACUGUGGUACAGAGGCUAAUGGAAAGGAAUGGUCUGUCCUAUGAUAGUGUGGGGAGACUGGAGGUAGGGACAGAGACAAUUAUUGACAAGUCCAAGUCUGUGAAGACUGUCCUUAUGCAGCUCUUUGAGGACUCUGGGAACACUGAUGUUGAGGGUAUUGAUACAACCAAUGCCUGCUAUGGUGGCACAGCAGCACUCUUUAAUGCUGUCAACUGGGUGGAGUCCAGUUCAUGGGAUGGGCGUUAUGCUUUAGUUGUAGCUGGAGAUAUUGCUGUCUAUGCCACUGGAAGUGCACGACCUACAGGAGGGGCGGGUGCUGUGGCGAUGCUUGUGGGGCCAAAUGCUCUAGCCUUUGAAAGAGGUCUUCGAGGAACCCAUAUGCAGCAUGCGUAUGACUUCUAUAAACCAGACAUGCUUUCAGAGUAUCCAGUGGUUGAUGGAAAACUUUCUAUAGAAUGUUACCUGAAUGCUUUGGACCGUUGUUAUUCUGUGUACCGUAACAAGAUCCAUGCACAAUGGCAAAGGGAGGGUUCAGAAAAGCAUUUCAACCUAGAGGACUUUGGUUAUCUAGUAUUCCACUCUCCUUACUGCAAACUUGUUCAGAAGUCACUGGCAAGGUUGAUGCUUAAUGACUUCCUGAGCCACCCAAACCCAAACACAGAGGUGGGACCUUUCACUGGCCUAGAGGCCUUCAGAGAUGUCAAGCCUGAAGAGACCUACUUUGAUCGAGAUGUGGAGAAGGCCUUCUUGAAGGCCAGUGCUGAGCUGUUUGAGAGAAAGACUAAGCCCUCUCUACUCAUUUCAAAUCAGAAUGGGAACAUGUACACCCCAUCAGUCUACGGUUGUCUAGCAUCUCUUAUUGCACAGAAAACUACUGCGCAGUUAGCAGGUCAAAGAAUUGGAGUUUUCUCAUAUGGAUCAGGAUUUGCAGCUACUCUGUACUCUCUCCGCAUCACUCAGGACCACACCCCUGGAUCCAGUUUGGACAAACUUGUCAGCAGUCUAAGUGACCUGCAGGUUAGACUUAACUCACGGAAGAAGGUUUCCCCAGCUGUCUUUUCAGAAAAUAUGAAAUUGAGAGAGGAGACCCAUCAUUUAGCUAGCUAUGUUCCUCGUGGUCCAGUGGAUGAUCUUUUUCCUGGAACAUGGUACCUAACACGGGUGGAUGAGAAACACAGAAGGGAAUAUGCUCGCCGACCUAUAGAAUGUGAGGUGCAAGCAGAGCCUGAGAUUGUUUGCUCAAGUACAGAGCAUAUUCCAAGUCCAGUCAAGAAAAUGCCUCGUAUCCCUGCUGCAGCGCCUGAAGCUGCAGUGAGCAGUUAGAAGACCCAUUUACCUCUGAGAGGUAUUAAAAGUCCAACCACUUCCAGAUCAUUUAUAAAACUGAACUGCCUGGACAAAUAAUUAUUGCCAUUACCAUAAUUGCGGUCAUAAGGACCUUUCAUCAUUUCGAUGUGAAACUUUCUAUGGGCUGCAAAUACAAAGUUAACUUUUCAGGAUCCCCUUAGAUGGAGAGAAUAGGAGAGGCACUAUAUAUAUAUGCAAUAACAUUGAGCUGAUGCUGCUUCCAUGGAAACUCAGCCUAAGCUCUCACUUUGAAGCAGAGCUCAUUCUCUAUACCUCAGUUUAAAUUCAGGACACUGCAGGCUCAUUGUCAUGCUCUCUCAACCUGUAGUGUGUGCGUGUGCGUGUGUAUGCACUCUGUCUGAUUCAUUUUGACCCUGCAGAAAGUGACCCUCAGCUGUACCAGUCAUAUGUUGCUUACUUCAUGCAGUCAGUUGGAUUUAGUUUAUACUAGAGGCUACAGGUUCUGGUGAGCUUUUAAUUUCUGACUUAAUUCAUGUGCUUCACUACACUAUUUGUCUGAUUUGUUUUUAAAACAAAUAUUGUGUGCUUUGAAAGAAUUGAAUGAUCAAUGGGUUUAUGAUCAACUUGUACAGUUUUGUUUUUUUCAUACACUAAAACGUUUGUUGUUUUGGAACAGUUUUAUGAUGUACAUUUCCAAGAAGCAUUGUAAUUAUGUUUUAGUGUAUUAUAAUCACAAUAUUUUAUAAUGAUGAAAAACUUGAAAUGCUUAAGUAAAUAUGGGAGACACCAAAUAAUUUAACUUUUUAGGAAAAAGUGUACAACAUUCAGAUUCUAUUUGUAAAGAAACUUGAGUUGUGUUACCAUGUCUCAUAAGUGAGCUGGGUGAGGUUCCCGCCUACAUUUUUAACUAUAUUGACAUUAAAGAUGCAAUCAUGUGUCAUCUAUGACUAAGCCUUAAUAAGCAAGGGCUUUGAAACCUGCAUUGUCAUGUAAUGUAUUCAUAGUUUUAUAUAAUUUUUAUUUUUGUGUUUCAUUUUCAUGUUUAGUUUUAAGUCAGUGGUUGCACUCAGAAACUAGUUUUUAACUGGCAGCAUUGACUUGGUGUUGGUGUCUCACUGGUCUUAAUAAUAGAUAUCUAAAGGAAAACUAAAGAACUAAAAGGACUGUUAUCAAAAAGCCUUAUUAAAAUAUAAACAUCUGCAAAAUAUUCUUAAUUAUAAACCCAGUUUAUUUCUAGUAGACUGCGGUUACUCAUACCAGAUGUCACUAUAACUACUAGAGGCCAAAUUUUGUAGAAAUGUAUCGAAACUGUAAGAUUAUUUAAGAUGUGCUGAUGAAUGGGGAAGUAAUGUAGAUACUUGAAUAAAUAUAUAUUCAAUCAUGUCCCUUGA